ACUAUGCAUGAUGGGCUUAUGCACUUCUACGGCAUGGCGACGCAGCCGCCGGCGCCAAAACAUGGCGGUUAAUGCUGGCCUUCAAAUGUCACUGAAAGGACUACAUGGCUCUACACAUGAGUAGCGAUUGAUCUCAAGUAACACGAUUCCCUCCACUAUUAGCCAUAAAGUCAGAAAGGUCGUCGUCGUAUAUCUCACUGUUGGAAACACAUCAUCAACAAUCAUGCCAGGAAGGUUCUCGUUGCGAUCUUUACUAAGACGAGAGCGGCGCUCACAUCUACCCACAAUCACGCCGCUGGACUCCAUACAUCAUAACGUUGACGGUCUCUGCCAAUUCUGUGCGAGCCUCAAUCUCCAUGCUCAGGAUUUCAAGGGCUCUCGCAACACAACCUCGGUGCAUCGCCAAGCAAGUUUCCAAAAGGUCAUCUUCCCCCCGGCCCACAUCAUUCGAAGACAGGGCUGUUUCUUCUGCAAAUUUCUCUUGACAGCCAUCAUCAACAGCAACGUCAAGCCACUGGAAUGGUCGGAGCCGUGUCAAGAUUUGGUGGAGCUCAGCCUUGAGUGGGUCAAGGACGGUCGCAGUCUUCAUGAUUCUGUUUCUGCUUCACCUUCGACUCGACGCUUACGCGUUUCUGCCAACAAUGAUGUACUGCCAGAUGCGUACCUAAUUUUGAUGGCAUCCGAAGCCUCAAGCAAACAAUUUCUCGGAAGAACGAUCGAUUCUUCGACAAUCGACAUUCCCACACUCGGUCGCUGGCUUACCACUUGCAGAGAUGGUCACGAAGGCUGUCGUGAAGCAACAGGCAUCUCCGCUGCAGAGCCUUUGUAUUCAAACCCUUCCUUCAGAAUGAUCGAUGUCAAGAGAAGUUGUAUUGUAUCCGCGAAAGCCGAACCAUUUGUCGCGCUGAGCUAUGUUUGGGGCAAGGAUCCCUUCUAUAGAGCGUUGAAGGACAACAUCGAAACCUUGAUGCAGCCAGGAGGGCUAUCAUCUACUUCAAUAGACAUCCCUCGCACCAUAAAGGACGCGAUGCAUCUAACCAAUCUGCUAGGAUACAGAUAUCUAUGGGUCGACAGUCUCUGCAUUGUCCAGGAUGAUUCCAGCGAUUUCGCCAGAAUUGUAUACAACAUGGACGCAGUGUACAAUCUUGCGACACUAACGAUAUGCGCUGCAGGUGAGGAUGCAAAGUCCGGCUUGCAUGGUGUUACCAACGGGAGUCGAAAGCUUCGCCAGGCAAUUAUACGCUACAAUGAAGAGGUGCACCUGAUGGUCACUCGCCCUGCAGAAUUCUUCGUCGAACAAAGCCGUUGGAAUACCCGGGCAUGGACUUUCCAGGAGCGCGUCUUCUCCAGAAGGUGUCUCAUCUUCGUCGACGAGCGUGCAUUCUUCCAGUGUCGACAAUCAGUAAUGUGCGAAGACAUACACAUGGAAGACGACAUCUCUUCCAACGACUCACCCAUGUGGUCUCUGGAGGUAAAGGAUGCGAUGGACCGAAUUUUCUUGGAGCACCCUAUACGGCAAUACUUGAAAUUUGUUCAACUAUACACACAACGGGAGUUGACGUAUUCAACUGAUAGACUGGCCGCCUUCUCCGCGAUUGCGGCACGUUUGAGCAAGAGUUUGAAUAAUACGUUCUGUGCUGGGUUGCCAGCAUCCCAUUUUGAUUUCGCGCUGUUGUGGACGCCAAGCAAGCAGCAGCCAAGAGCGUCACCUGCAAGAAUUCCUUCAUUUGCGUCCUGGGCGUGGGCUGGCUGGACCGAUGGAUCGGAAUACUCUUACUCGACGCUGGAGGGAGUACUCGUCAAUAUGCAUGAGUGGCUUACCUCUCGUACAUGGAUCGAUUGGUACAUGGUCAAACCUUCCGAGUCCCCAUCACUUGUCUGGGACGGCACACAUUCAGGACCCGCAGGCCGAUGGGAAGGCUACACAGAACCUACUGAUUUCAGUCCUUACGGCCGAACACAAAAUUGCGGACACAAAGACGGAAAGGAACUGGAUUGCUUCUCUGACCGUAGCGGAAGAUCAGAUGAAUCAACGGAGCCUUUUAAAAGCGGAACUGAAUAUGAUAUUCUUCAGUUCUGUACCCAUUCGGCUUUCUUCCGAGUGGACCCAGUCAGAUCUUCGAAUUCCGACCUAGGAGAAAUUUUGCAUUGGUAUAGUAUCUUCGACGCUGAAGGGAAUUGGUGCGGAAAAGUGAUGCUUGAUCAAUUAUGGGCCAAUCACGGCGAUACGCCAGAAGAGCAACAUCUUGAUGAGUUCAACGAGAUUCGGAAACCGCGCACCUCAAUAGUCGAAGAUACAGAAAAGAUACAUGAGUUCAUCGCGAUAUCAGAAGCGCGGGGCUUCUCCACUGAGGAGCACGACAGUUGGACUUGUUGGGAUCCUGUAUGGGAAUUGUAUUAUGUUCUGCUUAUCGUUACGGACAAAGACAGCAUUUCGGAGAGAAGAGGACUUGGAAAAAUCUUCAAAGACGCAUUUAGGAGGUCUCACCAGCCAGGGUACUCGUGGAAACAAUUAAUAAUGAGAUAGCGGAUUGAUUGCUCAUGUUAAUCUCACUCGUUUGUAGACUCUGAUCCUCAGACGUUUUUGUGUUUCUCUGUCAGAAUCU